CCAGCCGCAAUGGAUCACCAUAAGCCAUUCUGCGUAUUGCUAGUGCUGCUGCUAUAUGGAAGUCUACCGGCAUACGGUACCAUAUCUCCCAAGGUCAUCGCCCUGCAGCAAGUGCUCUCCAGCGAGCUACAGACACUGGAACGUAACGCACUGCUUACGGGUCCGUUGCACGUCGAAUCAUCCUCCGAUGGAAGUGCGAUUAGUCGUCUCCGAAGAACGUUUCACGAAUUCGAACGUCAAAAUCAGGAAAGUAUUACCGCGAUUUUGAGGGUGCUGGCACUGAUCGAUCAUACGCUGGAGAACACCAUUCAGGACUGUGAAAAAGUGUUCCAACUUCCGUCGCUCUACAGUGAGAAUGUAUUGUUUCGCGACGUUACCCGACCGCUGCUGCUGCUGGUGGAACAGCUCUGUCAGCAGGUUACCUUGAAGGACUUUGCCCAUAUAGAGUCGUCGUUGGAGGCGGUAGAACUGGCGGCCACCCAUUACCGAUCCCGGUUGGAUGAGACGAAACGCAGCAUGCAGGUUGUGUUCAACGAGCUGGAUCACAUUAUGGGAACGUUCUCAGCCCCAUUACAGCUAAAUGCGCUGUACGAUCAAAUGGAACAGGUAAAUGCAACAAUCCGUAGUUUGAUUGCAAGUGCGACAGUCAGCUUGCUCGAUAGGCAAUACGCUAUCAGUGACAUGAUUCUUCCCACAUCCGAGGGGAGUAACGAUAUGUUUGUGAUUGUUGAGAGCUUUAUGACGUUUUUGGCGAACGAAACCGGUAUUUUGUCGGAGGAUCUAGCCGAACAGCUGGACGAUUGGUUCAAUGAAACGACGAACUUGAUUAACAUCGUAGCGGAAGAAGUGUCUGCCAUACCGCAAACGCUAAUGGAAGCUCCUAUCGAAGCGUUUCUGAGGCAGGAAAGCUCACUCAAAUGUUUGGCGGAGUACAACAACAAAAACGCUGUGGAGAAAAUGUGGAUUGGAUUGGAUCGAAUUCUGCAGUGCUUCCACAUUGGUAACGACACCGAGCGCCCGUUUGACAUGGCGAAACAAUUACUCAGCUUAGCGGACAGGGACAUUCAGCUCACUUUGGAAGAGAUUUUGGAGUGCCAUCAGAGCACCUUGCGCGUCGGUUACGAUGCGAAGGUUUAUGAUGAGAUGGCAAGCUGCUACGAAAUGUCCAAACCGAUUCUAGAAGCAAUGCAGGAGUAUGUUGACUCGAAGAUGGAUGAGAUUUACUUUCAUGUUGAGCUUUCAAUGUACUUUAACGAGCUUAAAAUGGAAUCGUGCGUUUACUAUCGGGCGAGAGAGAUGAUGUUGGACGUGUCCGAGGUCAACCAGCGCUAUCGAAGGUGUAACGAAGAAGGCCAAAUAGAGUUCUAA